AUGUCCAAGCCCAGUGGGCCUCGAAAUGCGGUUCUGACCAUGAAUUGGAACUAUCCGACAUUCCGCUCGUCCACGAACCUAUGGGGUUCGGUGUUGGAUCCAUCGAACCCAUGUUUGAGAGCCCAGUCGAAGAAAUUCGGGAACAGCGAGCUCAUCCGUACGCAGAAUCGGCUCCCAAUUCGAGCCCAUUACAAGGAACACGGCGUCCAGUGGGCUGACACGGUCGGUCCCAACUGGCCCUUGAUCCAGGACGUUUGCCAUGACUUCAACCAAUGGCUCAAUAAGGGGUCGAAAAUCAUCAUGGCAAUUGGCAACGACAACAUUGACGAAAAUCUCAUGAUCGAUAUGGAAGGUCUUGAAAGUGUAGAGAUCCUCGGGAAGCCCAGCCUAGGCGCAAGAGUCUUUGGGCAACGCCCUUCAUUCAAGAUCAUCAGGUGCAUCCAGACGAAGACUAUUCGGCACCUUUUCUUCAUAUCACAUCACAGCCAGCAUUUUCUCUAUCCCGCCGUUGGUCAAGACGUUCGAGCGUUUCAUGACCUCAUGUGGAACGCUGUCGCCGAGAUGGCUGGGUUGCAACUUGAUGCCGACCAUUCUGCAUACUUCAUGCGCGAGGCAACCCGGAGACCCUCAAGAGCCAACAAGUUCGUGGGCAGUCAGUUUGACAUAGCGAAGUCCCUACGAGGCAUUGAAAAGCGGAGUGGACAGAUGACAUCUGAAAAGGUCGUUCGAGAUGUGUUCGAGCCAACGUUGCGCAAGAACCCUACCUGGGAGCUCAAGGCUGACGAUGGGAGCUUUGUCCGCUGGAUCAUCCAGCAAUUCUCCAAGCGCGCUCGGGAGACCUUGUCAUCGGACGCUUUCAAAGAGUCUGAGGCUGGCCAGCGACUGUAUCGCCAGCAUAUUGCAAACAUCAGCGGCCCAAGGGAUGCUGCAAAACAACAGGCUAGUAGGCGCCAAACUGUCGGCACCUUAGAGUGGAAGGCCUCAGAUACAGCCAAGAAGAUGAAAUCGGAUCUCAAAAAGAACUGCAAACUCCCUCAAAACAAGCAUCAGGAAAAGUUGGCAGCAUUUCAAAAAGUCAAGCAGUACAAAGACCUUGAGAGCAAAGACGUGGCUUCUCUCACAGCCCAAGAAGCUACUGCACGGAGCAAAAUGGUAGCGUUUACUGCUUCUGACCUGGACAAGAAGAAAUGGGCGACAUACUACAAGUCACACGUCGUAUGGUGGAGCCCUCAUCAGCCGGGUGGUCUGCGGUAUGAGGGCGAUCAAUGCCCGGACGUCGAUGAUUUCGAUUACGAGAACGAGAUUCAUCCGGCCGUCAAAAUCAUCGGUUUGUUCUCAAGCCAACAGAAGGCAGCAUUUACUAUCGAAACAGAACCUUAG